CAAAGGCGAAGCCCUAAUCUUUAAUUUAGCCUUCUCUUCAUCUUCAUCUUCAUCUUCAUGUGCCCUUCCCCACAUGCUCUCGAUCAUAUCUAUUUCUUUCCCUAUAAAAUCCAUUUCUUCCCUUUUCUUCUAACUUCCUCUAACUUACAAAAACCUCUCUUCUCUACUCUAAUGGCUUCCAUUUCUUCUUCCCUUCUUUCUCUCCUCCUCCUUCUCUUCCCUUUCAUUUCAGGUGUAGUAAAUUCGUCAACUUUCACCAUUUUAAAUCAAUGUGAUUACACGGUGUGGCCAGGAGUUUUGUCCGGCGCUGGCACUUCACAGCUCUCCACCACCGGCUUCGUUCUUGAGAAAGGUCAGUCCAACGCUAUCACCAUGCCGCCGGGAUGGUCCGGCCGCAUUUGGGGCCGCACUUAUUGCUCCCAAGAUGCCACCGGUAGGUUCUCCUGUGCCACUGCCGACUGCGGCUCCGGCAUCGUCGAGUGCAACGGUGCUGGCGCUACCCCGCCCGCCACCCUUGCGGAGUUCACGCUCAACGGUGCGGGCGGGCUCGAUUUCUACGAUGUCAGCCUUGUAGAUGGGUACAAUGUGCCCAUGUUAAUCACACCACAAGACGGAACAGGUGGGGGAAACUGCACAACAAUUGGAUGUGCAACAGAUUUAAACAGCGAAUGUCCGGCGGAACUAAGAGUGGUGUUGAGCGACGGAGGUGAAAGAAGCGUAGCAUGUAAAAGCGCAUGUGAGGCUUUUGGUGAUGCACGAUAUUGUUGUAGUGGUGAAUAUGGGAAUCCAAACACUUGUAGACCAUCAUCUUAUUCAGAGUUGUUCAAAUCCGCAUGUCCACAAGCUUAUAGUUAUGCGUACGACGACGGUAGCAGCACAUUCACUUGCACUGCUGCCAAUUACCUCAUCACCUUUUGUCCAUCUCUUUCAACAAGUUUGAAAUCAUCAAACGGGCAGUACCCACGGGCAGUGGACAUCUCAAGAGCCCAGAAUUCGGGCAGACCCUCAACGUCAGUAGCAGCCGUUAUCUCCACCGUCACGGCAACUCUAAGCUGGCGAUUUUUGCGUCUCUUUUAAACCAAUUUUUAAACCUUCUCCACCCGCCAUCAUUGGGCCCUCGGCCCAUAAUCGGGCCCAUACAGCAUGGAAUUUUUAGAUAGAUUCAUUCACACUUCUAUCUUUUUCUUUUUUCUUUUUUCUUUUUUUCUUUUUUAGGUUUUUUGUUGUAUAGUAUUGGAUUUUUAGGGUUUUUUUUUUCCUUUCUAUUUUUUAGAAGAAAAAGAAAAUCCUUUUUAAUUUUGGGAAAAUUAAUUUUUUUUUUUUUUGAUAUCAAAAUUGGGGUGUGCCUUUUCUAGAGGAUGGGUAGAUUUUUGUUUGUACACACAAAAGCAUAAAUUGAAAGGGCAGUGAA